AUGUUUGACUGUUGUUUUCUUCUAUUUUCUCUAAUUUUUGGAGCCAUUUUUAUGUAUUUGAAGGACCUUUUCACUCCUCCACAAAUCAAAGACAAACCAGAGAUUCAAAAAAAGGACUACAAGCGAGAUACAGUAUACCUUUAUCAGUAUGGAAGACUCAAGAACUGUCCACAUUUGUCACCGUUUUGUAUGAAAAUCGAAGUUUUGUGCAGGAUUUAUAAAAUUCCAUAUGAGAUCGUUGAAUGCACAACAAUGCGAUCCAGAAAUGGACUUUUACCAUUUAUCGAAUUGAAUGGAGACCACAUUUCGGAUUCGGAUCUCAUUGAAAUGCGUCUGAAAUCGCAUUUUAAGAUUCCGACUCUUUCCGGCGAUCUGGAAACCCAAUCGGUUGCAUUGAGCAAAAUGACAUUUUUCCAUCUUUUUCACAUAAUCUAUCGAUUCAAAACUGCUGAACAUGCUUUCUACGAAACCAUCUAUCGCCUUGUUGGAAUGCCUCAAGCCCUUAAAUUCCUAUUUCUCCCAUUUGUAAAAGCAAGUGUUGGAAAACGAUUUUAUGCCAGGAAUACUGGAGCAAUUGGAGAUUUCGAAUUGAAGGAAUUGGAUGAAUUUUUGCAUAAAGAUUUGGAAAUCAUUCAGAAUACGAUGAAGGGAAAAUUCUUGUUUGGAGAUGAGAUUACAGCGGCCGACGCCACCGUAUUCAGUCUUCUGGCUACCGUAUACUACCCAUUCCACACUCAUGUUUCGGAUGUUCUCGAAAAAGAUUUCCCGAAAAUUUUGGAAUAUAUCACAAGGGUCCGCCAAGAAGUUUAUCCUAAUGAUUUUACUCUGUAA